AUGUUAAAUAACUUUAUCAUUGGUUCAGAUACGAAACCAACAAGACAUUACUUUAGAGUACCGUCCCUUGCAAGCAUGGCUUCUCCAGUUGCACCCACAGUAUCCUCUGGAAGCACCUUAAGAUUGAAAAGUAAAAAAGAGAAGGAAGCAAAGUCGUCUGCAAAGAAAAGUGAGGGUCGACGAUUAACAAAGAAAAAUAUUCUUUGCAGUCCAUAUCAUCUGGCAUGGCCAAAGGUGGAAGCAAGUACUGAGGAGAAAAUAAUGGACUGCCUUCUUAGUACUCUGAACAAGUUUCCCAGGCUGUGUCCUGAAGUACAAAAAGGAGCACCAGGCUUUUCCAGUUCAUCAAUUAAAAUAAAGGAAAAAUCAAAUCUCAUAGAUGAAGAUAUAAUACGAAAAAAAAUAAGAGCUCAGCUGGCCAUAGGACACAGAGAAGCAUCCAAGUGUUUGGAGAGAGACCAACUCGCUCUUCUUCUUGUUUGGAAGGAUGCAGAGCCAUCCAUCAUAACAAAAUGUCUUAUUCCAUUGGCAGCUACUCGUUUAUGUCCAGCCCUUUGUUUACAAUCUCUGGGACCAAAACUUUCACAAGCUACAGGUUUGACAAGUGCUGUAGCUGUUGGUUUUAAGAAAAUACAAGCUGGCCUGAACGACUUUAAAGAUUUUGUGACCUUGGCAGCUAGUCUGGCUCCACAACUAACUGUGCCUUGGAUGAAAGCAGAUGAAAAGGGAGACAAUCAAGAACUGGAGACAGAUAUUACAGAGGAUACAAGGACAGCAAAAGAAAGAAAUAGCUCAACAGAGAAAACCGUGAUGGAAGGAGAAAGAAAUCCUGUUGAAUCUGCUGGUGCAACAAGUAAACAAAAUGACCUCUUUCCUUGUUACGUGAAUGGAGAUGAUUGGCCAAUGGUUGAAGAGGAUGUUGAAGAAAAAGUUGUAGGAAAACUUAUCUGUCUCCUCACACAAUACAAAUCUGUGUUUAAAAAGCCAAAAACCAAGCUGAGAACUGAUGAAUGGAAAAGAAAGCAAAAUGUUAUCAGGAAUCACCUCCUGACAGAUGCUUCUGCCAUCAGAGACGCUGCUAAAAAUGGGAAGUUGUGUCUGCUUCUUGUGCAAAAAGAGCAGAUAAUCCAUCCCAGUGUUGCUGCAGCAACAAUGUAUGCCACCAGAAGCUGUUGUCCAGUCCUUGUUAUAAGACGACUUAGACAGCAGCUGUCUCCAGUGAUUAGAAAUCCACUAUUGCCCAUGCUGGCUUUUAAGAAAUGUGACAAAGAAACAUUAUCUGCUGAAUUCUCGGAAUUUAUCACCUUUGCUAGUCAGCACACUUUGUCAGAUCUUCAGCUCCUUUUCCCAGCAAGAAGGAUGCAUCCAAAGAAGAAGCACCAUCAUCCACAAGUGCACCUGACUUGCAAAGACAGACACCUAAAAAGCGACCUGCCCCUGUGUAUAAUGUCUCACACCUGUAUGUGUACAAAAAUGACAGCUCCAAGCCUCCAGAAAAUGUGGGAGGUACUGCCGCUUCUGUCAGCCCAACAAAUACAAAGGUGACACAGGAUGGAGAGAGAACUAUCAAGGAAAAGGUGGAAGAUUUUAUUUCUUUGUCAUCCGAACCAAUAGUACAGGUACUAGGCCAACACCCCACAGGAGAAAAUAUUUCCCCUGACAUCUUUCUGGACAAGAAAAAAGUUGCUUUGAAAAAGCCUGAUUCAACUGUCAAAGCACAGCAUCAUGAAAAUGUUGCAACGGAAUCUUUCUCAGGAAUUUUGGGAUUGGAUGCUGCUGAUCUUGCAACUUUGCCUACACCACCUGUUCAUUGUCCCAGACAAGCCAAAACCAAAGCAACACUGAAAAGAAAGUUGAAGAACAUGGAGGAGGAGGAGGAGUAUCUGUCCUUUUCUUUCUACCCAACAAACAUUCGAACAUCAAUAUCCAACCCCAAUAAAAACAAGAAAAAGAAGAAAUAAGAGAGGCAGAGUGCUUAAAAAUAAUAAUGCAAAAUUUGUAAAGCACAUACACUCGGAGUAUGCUCUUACAGUAGUGUGUAGCCAACACAUAUUUAUUCACAAAUGGUACAAAUUUUUUUGGCACGUGCUGUGGUAUUUGGAUCUCUCAUUUCAUGUGAGAAACAGUGAGGCAUGGGACAUGUGCUUUGAUUUUAAUAAUAAUAGUUUAGUUCCUUUAAAGUGAGAAAUACUCAGAUUUCUGAGAACUGUGUAUGUCAGAAAACUCAGCUUGCCCUGGACGACUUGAAGGAUUUUUGUGACCAUAGCACCUAGUUAUUGCAUUUAAUUGAUUUAUUUGAUUGCACUGGAUAUCAAAACGUGUGCAGUUUGAAUGUCAUUAUGAAUUUAAAGCAAUGAUUACUUACA